AUGGCGGCGGAAGACGGCUCCGACAGGAUGAGCCUGGUACGCAAGCGGACAGAUACGGAACUGAUGCCACCGCCACCAGCGCCGAAGCAGAUAAAGCGGCCAAAGACUGUUCUUGACGAAGAUACAUACGCGGACGGACUGUCAAAAAUCAUCGCGCGCGACUUUUUCCCAGGCCUGGUCGAGUCGGAAACACAAAACGAGUAUCUGGACGCGUUGGCCUCCAAGGACAAUGCGUGGAUCUCAAGCGCCGGCCAGCGGCUGAAGGAGGCGAUGACGCCCGGCCGACGACGACAACAGCGGAUGCGGUCACAGACGCCGUCUCUGCGCGGCUCCAGCGCAACGCCGGGACCUGGAGAGACGCCACGAAGCUAUGCCGGCGACACACCGGCAUCGACCUGUUCAGAGCGAACGCCAGGCGGCGGCGGUGGUGGUGCCGGUGGCGAUGAUGGAGACAAAGCGGAGGAAGCAAACAAGGAAGCUGUCAAUGUGGACGUCAGUUUAGGGGCGUUUCAAGCCAGGUACACGAGCGAAGACAACGAGAGCUUCUACAAGCUGCUGGACCGACAGAACCAGAAACGGGCAGAGAAGCACGCGUGGCUGUGGGAUGGCAACAAGCUGCCGUCCAAGAUGCAGCUGAGGCAGAAGGAGGUGGAGACAAAGCUGCUGGCAUCGGGCAGCCAGCUGGUCGACGACGGCUUCAAGCGGGAGAGGCUGGCCAUGGGGAGCAUCGACGAGCGGCCAGCGGCACCAGACUCGUGGCGGUUCUCAGCCAAGAACACGCUCAUGUUCAGCGCUGAGGGGAUGGACGACGGGGUCGAGACGGUGGCGCAGCGCGCGCAGGCUGAGUCGCACGCACCGCCAAGGUCGAUCGUCUACGCGAACACACGGCUUCCGGGGAUGGGCUCUACACAAAGCAACGAGCGGGGGGUCAUUCCGGUGGCAGUGCCGCCGUCGCCAACGCUGUCGGCCGUGCGUGACGCCAUUGCCGGCCGUCCACGACGCAGCGACCGGGACUCGACAUCGGGGACGACGACGGUGACGGGAGGCGGCGAGACGCCACGCGUCAACGGGUACGCGUUUGUGGACGACGAACCGGACGAGGCCCCAGCAAGCGGCGAGUCGGCCGAGCUGAUGGCGCACUUUGGACGAGUCGACGCCGCUCCCAACCCGUUCCAGCUGCAGGCCAAGAGUAGGCGCGAGGGCCUGCAUCAUCGCAUGGUGGAGCGGAUUGCACAGUCCAAGCGGACGUCAGCACGGGUAGGCCUGACGGGUCGCGUGGACGCCGCAUCGCCGUCGUCGUCGCCGUACCCAAACAGCCCGCGGAUGCGCGGCAAUCUGACGCCGGCCGGCCAGCGGCUCUGGAGCAAGAUUGGCGGCAGCCGGCGAGACGACGCGGUGUCUGCGUUCAAUGCUAGCGGGAGCGGACCGCGGAACCCAAGCAAGGGCAGCCGGCGGGCAAGGCUCAGAGAACAGCGAAGCAUUUAUCGUAUGAAGUUCCUGGAUCUGGCAGCGGACCUGGCGGCCUUGGCCACAGCAUCCCGCUCGAUUGCCACAAAACACGCAGCAUUGCGGACACGCCAGCUAGACGUCCGGUUUUCUGACAACGGCAGAGCCAAGGACGACGGCCGUCCGGCAGCAUCGAACGAGUCCGUCGAUAAAGGGCCUCGCGACAGCACAGCGCCGGACAGCUCCUCCACAGCAGCUGUCGAGACAUUGGUUGUUCCUGUGGCCGCUCCCGUGGUCGAGACCAGAGCUGAGCCGAGCGAAGAGAGAGUCAGAUCCGUCGAUGCGGAAGAGCCGGUUCUGCCGACGUUUGCUAAGCGGUCGUCCCUCGGGCUCGCAGUGCCCGUCAGCGUGCUUCGAGAGCGCCGACAGGCCGAUGCACCGCCACCAACUUCCGGUGGGGUCUCGCGACCACAUCCGCUGGACCCACGCUUCCAGAAGUCAUACGCACCUGCAGGGGUAGCAACUGUGCGGCCGACGCUGGCAGACAGCAUCAGCACGGAUGCGUUUCGAACAAGUGAGGCAAAGGUGGAGAAGGAGGAGACCCAGAAGCUGGAGGAAGCAGACACCAUUGCCGAGGAGGCUGUAGCCCCUUCAGAGCGUAUAUCGGAAGCAUUGCUGAAACCAGAGCCAUUGAGUUCAGAGCCAAUCAGUUCACCCACUCCACGUCGCAAGUACGAGCUGAAGGAGUCGACGGUGCCAGCGUCACGACUGAGCCGGAUGUGGAACUACGGCGGACUGGCAGCAGGGAUGCUGGGCGGCGCAGUGACCGAGACGAUCAGCCGCAGCUUUGGAGGUGGAGGCGACAAGAGCGCGGACUCGGUGCUGCUCAGCGCGGGCAACGUGGAGCGGCUGGUGGCGCGGCUGUCGCGGAUGCGCGGAGCCGCCCUGAAGCUAGGGCAGAUGCUGAGCAUCCAGGACUCCAAGUCACUGCCAGGACCGCUGCAAGAGGUGCUGCAGCGGGUGCAGGACCGGGCAGACUACAUGCCGGCGUGGCAGCGUGACCGGGUGCUGGCGACGAAUCUGGGCGCCGACUGGCGACAGCGGUUCGACGAGUUUGACGAGACGCCGCUGGCGGCCGCAUCGAUCGGCCAGGUGCACCGGGCGACGCUGCGGACAGGCGAUGGUGAUGGCGCCGAAACGGUCGAGGUGGCCGUCAAGAUCCAGUUCCCGGGCGUGGCCGACUCGAUCCACGCCGACCUCGACAACCUGGCCGUGCUGCUGACGGCCACGCGCAUGUUGCCGCGCGGCCUCUACCUCGACAAGACCAUCGCCAACGCACGCACGGAGCUGGCCUGGGAGUGCGACUAUACGCGCGAGGCUGCGUGUCUGCAGCGCUUCCGUGAAUUGCUGACUAAUGCCGGACCCGCGGCCGACGCGUUUGCCGUGCCGGCCGUCUACGCCGAGGCAUCCGGGCCGCAGGUCCUGACCAUGUCGUUCAUGCAGGGCGUCCCCGUGGCCCAGGCUGCCUCGGGCCUGCCGCAAGAGGAGCGCGACUGGAUCGGCACCCAGGUGCUGCGGCUGUGUCUGCUGGAGAUCACGUGCUUCGGCUUCAUGCAGACAGACCCCAACUGGACCAACUUUCUGUUCGGCGCCCGGCCGCAGCGCCGGCUCGAGCUGCUCGACUUUGGUGCCGCCCGCGAGUAUCCCCGCGUCUUUGUCCGGCAGUACGUCCGCCUGCUGGCCGCCGCCGCCCGCAACGACCAUGCCGGCGUCCAGACCUGCUCGCGCGCCCUCGGCUACCUCACCGGCCACGAGAGCCGCGCCAUGCUCGAGGCCCACACGCAGUCGGUCCUCACGCUGGCGGAGCCGUUCCGCGCUGACUCGCCCGUCGUCUACGACUUUGACGGCCAGACCAUCACCGACCGCGUGCGCUCCUUCAUUCCCACCAUGGUGCGCGAACGCCUCACCCCGCCGCCCGAGGAGACCUACAGCCUCCAUCGCAAGCUCAGUGGUGCCUUUCUCCUAUGUGCACGCCUCGGCAGCCGCGUGCCCUGUCGGGCCCUGUUUGAAGAUAGCAUGCGGCAGAUGGAGGCCGCUCACGGGGAGGCCGAACUGGAGGGCGACGACCUCGAGGACAGACUCGAUGACCAGGCUUGA